ACCAAAAAUUUCCUCUUUCACUCCAAAAUUUCCCCAUCCGAAACCCUCGCAGCAUCCGCCCACCAUGCCGCCGCCGCCGCCGCCGGCGCUGCCGGACGAGCUCCUCGAGGAGGUCUUCUUCCGCCUCCCGCCGGACGAGCCCGAGCACCUCGCGCGCGCCUCCCUCGUCAGCAAGGUCUGGCUCUCCCUCCUCUCCGACUCUCGCUUCCGUGCUCGCUACCGCAACUUCCACGGAGCUCCCCCAAUGCUGGGCUUCCUUUGUUCCCGGCGCUCGAACUCCGUCCAUGAGGUAGAAGAUAACAUCCCACACUUCUUCCCCACCACGAAAUUCCCUGUGCGCAUUCCCGACGACGACUGGGGGGGAUGGAGGUACACUGCGGCCGCGUUCUCCUCGGCGAUGACUCUUGCGGCCCCCUUUCGCUCGUCGUUUGGGACCCCAUGACGGGCUGCCGGAGGGAGCUGGACCCACCUGACCACUUGGGCAGAAGCUAUGGGGCAGCGGUGCUCUGCCCCGUUGCCGGCUGUGACCACCGUGCGUGCCACGCAGGCCCCUUCCAGGUGGUCUUCAUCGGUGUGGACAUGAUGGAAGAUGGAUGUCUUGUGCGCGCUUGUGUGUCCUUGCCGGUGGCGGGAGGUUGGAGCAAGCCCUGCUCUGAUUUUUGUUUUAAUAAGUGGAGCGAGCCGUGCUCUGCUCUUCAUCUUGGGUCUACAUUUUGGGACGGAAUGUCUCCUGUCUCCGUCGAAGAUGCACUGUACUUCAAGCUCGACUAUUUCGGAGAUGAUCACAUGGCAAUUCUCAAGUAUGACUUGGGAUCUAACUGCUUAUCACUGAUUGAUGCACCGUUUGCCGGGUCUAUCCUUGUCAAUGCCGCUAUCCUCAUGGCGAUGGAUGAUAACAGUUUGGGGUUUGCACAUGUGGACAAGGUAACCCUCCACUUGUGGUCAAGACAGGGAGGUUCCGAUGGAAUUGGGUCAUGGACUCAGCGUACAGUCAUCGAUCUUAAUAACCAUCUCCCCAUUCAAAAUCCCAAUAAAAGAUUUAGAUUGAUUGGAUCUCUGGAGGGCACAGAUAUCAUUUUUGUGACCAUGGGCCUUGACAUCUAUGAGAUUAAUCUCAAGACAUUACGGUGGAAGAAGCUACAGAAGAGAGAAAAGCUUUGUGGUCUGAUUCCGUACAUGAGUUUCUACAAUCCACAAGAACUAAUCCAGAUUCAGCAGAUCAGCUCCUAACAGAUAAUCAAACAUUAGCUGCAGCUGCAGCUGCGGCUUCAGAUGAAAGUGGUGGUUUAGCAAAAUGUGUGGAUUUUGCAAUCAACUCUAAUGUUAAAAUUGUGCAUAUACUGGGCACUGACAUGUCAACUAAGAUGAGGGAGGUUACUGCCAAGCAUGCUAAAAAAACAUGUAUUCACAAAGACAAGGUGCAUAUUUUCUAUCUGGCAGCCCAAGCAAAAGUGCUGUUGUGUUCACUGCUGUUGGAGACGCCAGAUGUUUAAUAUCGGAGAAGUUUGUUUCGGUUGAUGAUCUUACAGAAAUGGAGAAGGAUAUAGCACAUGCAGCAGUGAAACAAGAAUAGGAAGACUGGGAGAAUGUCUCUGGCCUCUGACAGUGAAACACUUUUGGAGAACCCGUCACAGCUCUUCAAUAUGAGAUCCCCAUAAUUGUGCAAAAAUCUAUUUUACCAAUUGCCACUGGUGGUUUAGAUUUGUGACACGUGGACAUACCAUCAGGUGAUAUUUUGUCCGUUGAACCAUCGUGUGCCAUAGGAUCCUCGUGCACCAGGAACUGGAGAAAGCAAUGAAAAUAUAUCCCUCUGGUGUUGGAUGCCUGCGCCAAGGUUCUCACCGACGAUCAGGCAUCACGAGAGGCUUGUGUGACGGCAGCUGAGACAAAGAGGUGACAGACCAAAUGCAGCAAAACUUGAUUCAACAAUUUUGAGACAACGAAUGCAGUUCCUAUGCUAGAAUAUAUGUCAUUUGCUUUAUCUGGACAAUAUUAAAGUUGGUUGGUAGAAUUCUCUCAAUUAGUAAAUCCUUACCAGCAGAGAUGCGGUAGUAGAUUGGUUGUACACAAAACAAAAUUUCAGGGCAUGGUGAUGAUUGUCGUUUUUUGUGAUUUGAA